GAACGGAAAGCACACGAAAAAAGUGUGAGGUGCUUGCGAGGAACUGUUCCAAAUUCAAAUUGUUUUACCAAAUUGGCCGUGACACAGAAACGUGGGUGAAAAGCGAAAGGCAGACUUACGGCGGGGAUAAUAGUCUACAUCACGAAUCGAAAUCUUUGGAAUACAAGCACACCGUAAGGAGUCCGGAGUCGUAGUGCUUCCCGUACAAUCCCUGGAAGGAACUUCCUCCCAAUAGAAGACCGAGGAGUACGCAAGUCCCCGUGGGAAGGCAAAGAAAAUGGCUUCGCUCGAGCAGAAGCGUGAAGCGUUCCGGAAGUACCUCGAGUCGGCCGGUGCCAUCGAUUGCCUCAGCAAGGCCCUGAUCCGGCUGUACCAAGAGGAGCAAAAACCGGAGAAUGCCUGCAAGUUCCUGCGCCAGUGUCUGUGCGAAGACUGUCCGACGGAUGAGCAGGUGGCGCAGGCUAUGGAGGACCUGGACGAAGCUCGGCGCCGCGUUUGUCAGCUCGAGCGUGAAGUGCGCGAUCUUAAAGCGAACGUGCGACCUUCCGCGAGCGAAUGCAAUCUGGCACUCGACAGUGGCUUCGAGGAGCUGCAGGCGGCCGAUUCGCUGCUCAAGAAGCAUCUCACCCGGGAGCUGUUGGACGAGCUGAAAGGACAGAAGACAACGGUGUACCGUUCGACGCUGCUCGACUGCAUCCAAUCCGGACUGACCGUGCUCGACUCACGCAUCGGUCUGUACGCGGCCGAUCCGGAAGCGUACAAAUUGUUUGCGGGGCUCUUCGACCCAAUCAUCGCCGAACUGCACGGAGAGUUCGGUGCGGACAGUGCACAGCCCGAGCUGAACUGGGGUACAGUGGAGGAGCUCGAGAAUCCCGAUCCCGAGGGCCAGUACGUCCGGUCGACGAGGGUCCGCUGCGCACGUUCCCUCGAGGGUUAUCCCUUCCAUCCGCGCAUGCAGGAAGACCAGUACGAGAAGAUUUGCGAUCGCGUCCGGACCGCACUGGAGCAAGGAUUACCGGAGGAGCUGCGUGGUCAGUUCCAUCCACUGGAGACGCUCGAGGAGAGUCUUCGGGUAGAGCUGCUCAACGAUCACUGUCUGUUCCGCGGUGGCGAUCGGUUCCAGGAGGCAGCCCAAGCAUACCGCUUCUAUCCAACCGGACGUGCGUUGUUCCUCAACGAAGCUCGGACGUUCCACGUCUGGAUCAACGAGGAGGAUCACCUGCGGAUCAUCUCGAUGCAGCAAGGAUCGGACGUGGGUCAGGUGUACCGGCGGUUCAUUGACGGUGUUGAAGCGAUCGCCAAGCAGCUUCCACUGCUGCGUGACGAACGACUCGGUUACGUGUCUUUCUGCCCUAGUAAUCUCGGUACCGGCAUACGGGCCUCGGUACACAUUCGGCUACCGAAGCUGGCUGCUGAUCGGGCUCGCCUGAAUGAGCUUGUGGGUCAGCACGGGUUGGAGGUACGCAGUACCAAUGGAGAAGGAACCUGUGACACAUCGACGAAGGACUGUGAGGAUGGCGUGCUCGAUGUUUCGAACAAACGGCGGCUAGGGUUGACUGAGUUCGAGACGGUUAAGCUGCUGGUAGACGGUGUGAAGGCGUUGAUUGAGGUGGAGAAAGAACUUGCGGCUGCGGAGGACGUUCCAGCGGCGGCGGCGGCGGCCGAAGAAGAGGAACCAGCGGCAGCAGCCGAAGAGGAAACACCACAGGAGGCAACUGAAGCAGCGCCGGAAGAAGUGCCAGCAGAAGCUGCUGCAGCAGCGGAAGAACCGGCCGAAUAAAUCUUGCAACCGUAGGCUCAAUUCCACAAAAAAAAAAACAAUCAUCCAAUCGCUUAUAGGAAAGCGCUUAAAUCUAGAGAUCAAGCAGUAUCAAUCAGUCUGCCGUAGCGCUUCUAAUACUUCUUUAGCACACGUUAAGGCUCGUGUUAUGCACUGGAGACCGAAUAAAAAGUUUGUUCGCUGUU